UUGCUAACAUCAGCAUCCUGUAGCGCUAGCCUUGUUUACCGGAGUCGCGCUGUAAUGACGUCACCGCCGCUAACAUUAUUAUGCUAAAAGAACAGCUCCGUAUCAACUGUCGAUAUGGCGGCGCUGGUUCGAGGCCUACGCGCUGGAAGAGCCCUGCUGGGUCUCGGCAGCGCAGUAGUGCUCCAGAGAACCCCUCGUCCCCGAUACAGCGCACUGACGCGUACCUUCCACCGUGCUGCCAUCCUCCGAUUUACUGAUGACACCAAAUUUCACCAGAACACACCGCCUCUGUCUGACCAUGAGCAUCAGCAGACCCAGGAUUCAGGAGCGAGUCAGUCGUUUUGCUCCACGGAGCAAACCUCUGCUACUGACGUUCAACAGGAGGAACCGCAGCCUAACACCAGUUAUCAGGAUCAGAGCGGCGAACAGUCGGAGGAUUAUGAGACGGAGGAGCAGCUGCAGGCUCGUAUCCUCACCUCUGCGCUGGAGUUCGUACCCGAGCACGGCUGGACCGUGGAAGCCAUCGCUGCAGGAGCAAAGACACUCGGCCUGUCGGCUGCCUCUGCUGGGAUGUUUAAUAACGGCGCAGGAGACCUGGUGCUACAUUUCAUCAGCCAGUGCAACACUCAGCUCGUAAACAUUCUGGCAGAGCAGAAUAAUCAGGUCCAGCUCGGGCAAGCAGAAAAGAAGACAACAGCCGAGUUCCUGAAGGAUGCAGUGGAGACUCGCCUCCGGAUGCUGAUUCCGUACAUCGACACUUGGCCGCAGGCGAUGAGUGUACUGCUGCUUCCUCACAACAUCCCAGACAGUCUGAAGCACCUCUCCACCAUGGUGGAUGACAUCUGGUACUACGCAGGAGAUCGCUCCACAGACAUAAACUGGUACACGCGUCGCGCAGCAUUAACGGGAAUCUACAACACCACGGAGCUCGUGAUGCUGCAGGACACAUCCCCUGACUUUGAGCAGACUUGGACCUUCCUUAACAACCGUAUCCAGGAUGUGGUCAAUGUAGCCAACGCGGCUAAACAGGUGCAGUCGACAGGAGAGGCCGUAGUUCAGGGGUUGAUGGGUGCCGCGGUUACGCUAAAGAACCUCACAGGGUUGAACCAGAGACGAUAAACCAGCUUCCAGUCCUCCAUUUCAUCUACUCUUCAUCCGUCAUGCUCUGCAGCCACAACAUGUUAUGAGUGUCUGAUACUCUGAUUGUUCUUCAUUGCGAGGAAGUCACUGUGCUGUUAUUUUAACUGAAGUUUGGACUGAGGAAUUUAAUUUGUGUGUUUGUCACAUGAAUAGGUUACCUGUGCCAAAGCGCUCGAGUCUGACUGAUCUGUACGUUGAUCAUGCUUUACACUGCUCUGAGAAAUCCUCCAGCUCUGCAGCUCUGCUCUAAUCUAACUAAUUGAAUAUUCCGAUGUUCCUGGAUACAGUGAUGGGGUUUUGAUUAGGCGUGGUUUAUUGAGGUCAGUAAACUCCCACAGAGCAGGUUAAUCGGCCCUGAUUCAGACCACGUGCACAUUAGCUUUGUUUUUGCUCCCUGUAUAAACUUAAGCAGGAUAAAUAUAUAUUGUACUUGAAAUUAAACUUUUCAUUAAACACUG